AUGGCUGAGGCCUUUGGGGUUGCGGCAUCCGCAAUCGCCGUAGCAGAACUGGGAUUCAAGCUCACCAAAAACAUCGCUGGCUAUCUGAAUGACGUCUCAACAGCAAGACAGCAGCUUGAAGGAAUUACCAGCAAUGUCGACAUUACGGCGCAAACAAUUGAGCAGGUCGGCUCUGUAUUCAACAACCAAGACUUCAUUGCUUCAGCCAAACCGCGUGCUAUGGAAAUUGCCAUGAAAGCUAUCCAGAUAUGCAAAAAGUCAUUUGAAGAGAUUGGAGAGGAAAUCGAGAAGGCACAGAAGUUCUACGGCUUUGUUUUCCCGUUAAAGGUUAAAAGCUUGAAAAGGCUCGGUGACGUUCUGGAAAGCUACAAAAGUACUUUGAUGUUGCUGAUGCUUAUUUUGCAACAUUCAAAGGAAAUGCGUACAGAUCAGGAGCUGAGAGCAAAGGCCAAAGAGUACUUGCGCCUGAAAUCCGAAGCAGAAAGUCGUAUAAGAGAGGCAGCACGAGAAGAGGAGGCUGGACUUGCCGAAGAGGUGUCGGGUGAGGAUCGCGGCAUUCCUCUUACGUGCCAGGAGUCUAACAAGAGCUCAAGAGAGACGAAGGCAGAAUCCGACCAAAUUGACACGACGUCAGCAAAAGACAGUGGGAAAUCUCCUACAACCCCGGAAUACCUGCAAACUUUCACAAUUCCCACCGCCCCUGGCCCCGGCAACAAUCACUUAUUCCUGGCCGCGAUAAAGGAAGAUACGCCUGCAGACAGAGAUGCAACUACCCCGACGUCGCAGCAUGUGACAGAAGCCCAGCUCGCAGAUUGUAUCGAAAGUCUCAACUACAUGAUUUGCAAGAUUGAGCUCCUUCAGCAGGCCCUGCCAACAAUUUCCUCCAUCUCCAAGUGCCUGGAAGACAAUAGGAUCCCAGAAGCCGCCUCGAAUGUGAAGAAGAAGCUCGACGCCAUCGUGAACAGCUCCAAGCAACAGCAAGAGACCGAACCAUCCACUGAGGACACCAAAACGGACCACAGUGAGCUGAUUGGCAGAGGCACACACAUCAAGACGGCUCUGAGGUGGUUGCAGAGUCACUUAAUACACCGGGGCUCUUCUGUGAACAAGCCUGCGUCGGGUGCGAGCCAUUCGAGAUACGACAUCGCCGUCCCUUUCACUGCUGCCACUAAUGGCACGCUAAAUGAUGUCAGAUCUGAUACUCGCAACGACGAGACUACCGGUCACGGAACGACCCCCCACGCUAUACUGGAAUCCUCCAUAAAUGUCGCAUCGAGCUACAAAAAACUCAGUGCUCCCACAGAGCCGGGGAUGUACUAUUAUACGCCCGCGAAAAUUGGAUCCUCCCAGAAGAAGAAUUCUAUUGUCUCCUUGAAGCAUUCUACCGGAGGGGAAAUAGAUGCUUUGCUUAAGGAGUGGACAACUGUGUACGAUUGA